GCCUGAUUAUCAUGACUUUCAUUUCUGAGUGUAGCUGAGUCGAAGGUGUCACUGUGAGGGCGGAGCCUGGGUACAUUUCCCUAGAACACCUGUUCGAUCAAGACCAGAGCAGACAGUAGUUGGUGAGCCUGGAUAGAUGUGCAAGUGCCUGCACUGCUGAUUGUCCUAAUAGUGAACGACCACAACAUGGCAGGAAAGACUUGCAACAUCCUGGUCACUGGGGCCAACCGUGGCCUGGGGCUGGAGAUUAUUAAACAGCUGGCCGAGAAGCCAUGUCCUGGACGCAGGAUCUUCGCCGGCUGUCGGGACCCCAGUAAGGCAGAGGGUUUGGAGAAGUUGUCAAAGAAGCACUCUGGAGUCAUCCACAUCAUUCGCCUUGAUGUUGGAGACAAUGCCAGCGUGCUGGAGGCGGCCAAGCAGGUGAGCUCCAUCGUGGGGGGCGAUGGACUGAACCUGCUGGUCAACAACGCAGCCAUGAUGUACUACAGCAACAUGAAGGAAAGCGUUCCCUCAGAGAUGGAGAACACCUUCAACGUAAACGUCAUGGGACCCAUGAGGAUGACAAAGGAGUUCCUGCCGUUGCUUCAGAUGGCGGUCAAGAAGAGCAGUGAAUCCAGCAUGUCCUGUAGGAGAGCUGCGGUCAUCAACAUUUCUGGGAUGAUGGGAUGCAUCGAGCAAGUACCCGCCACAUACGGCCUCUUCCCUUUCGUCGGUCUCCCUUAUCGCGUUAGCAAGGCAGCUCUGAACAUGAUGACAGUGUGUAACGCGGAGGAAUUCAAGGGGGACGGGAUCCUCUUCACUCUCCUGCACCCCGGAUGGGUGCGCACAGACAUGGGUGGACCUGACGGGAAGAUAGAGGCUGCUGAGAGUGUGAGUGGCAUGCUGGGCGUCAUUGAGAAGCUGACAGAGGAGCACAACGGAGCCUUCCUGAACUACAAAGGACAACCUAUGUCCUGGUGAAACACUAAUGAAGAAGAAGAAGAAGAAGAACGAAGCACCUAUCAACCUGUCUUAAAUAUUUAGUGGCAACCUCACAGCCUCCAUUUAUUUUGUUGGCUUGUUGCUGCUUUUUUGUUACAUUAGGAUAGCCUGAUUAUCAUCGACGUUCAAAUCUCUUCGAGACUUGGUCUGACCAAGAGCAUAACAAUUAUUUUCCCAAAUUUCCUUAACGGCAUGGCUGACCCGCCUCCCUUGGUUUGCUUGUUUAAAUACCAACAAAGUGGGAGGAGUUCCCAUAUUUUCAGGAACUCAGAAAGUACUUGCUCUUGACCUGAUUAGUUGCAACGCUAAAAGUGUUGCGUCACUAGGAAGGCAUUAGGAUGCAUUGCAUGUUAUAAUAUUAAAAAUGAUGAGUCACUGGAAAUUCUGCACGUUUUUUAAGUUACUAAUAACAGUUGUAUUAUUUUGCAAUGCAUGUAUAAUAAUGUGAUUAUAGAUACAGAAUUACAAACUGACCUCAUUUAGACCAUUGGACUGACACCGAUCCAACAUCACACUGAGCGCCUAACUGCAGUCAAGUAAUUUUAUUCGGCCCGUGAGAUCAUUUCAAAUGUGUAUGAUAGUUGACAUUUGGUGUCACAGGAAUAUGAUUGGGCCCAGGCUAAUGAAUCAGC